CCCGCUGAGCCUCUGCAGAGCUGCCAGCCAUGCCCGGGAUCGUGGUGUUCCGGCGGCGCUGGUCUGUGGGCAGUGAUGACCUCGUCCUGCCAGCCGUCUUCCUCUUCCUCCUGCACACCACCUGGUUUGUGAUCCUGUCCGUGGUGCUGUUCGGCCUGGUCUACAACCCGAACGAGGCCUGCUCCCUGAACCUGGUGGACCACGGCCGCGGUUACCUGGGCAUUUUGCUGAGCUGCAUGAUCGCUGAGAUGGCCAUCAUCUGGCUGAGCAUGCGCGGCGGCAUCCUCUACACGGAGCCCCGCGAAUCCAUGCAGUACGUGCUCUACGUGCGCCUGGCCAUCCUGGUGAUCGAGUUCAUCUAUGCCAUCGUGGGCAUCGUCUGGCUCACUCAGUACUACACCUCCUGCAAUGACCUCACUGCCAAAAACGUCACUCUCGGGAUGGUUGUCUGCAACUGGGUGGUCAUCCUGAGCGUCUGUAUCACCGUCCUCUGCGUCUUCGACCCCACGGGCCGCACCUUCGUCAAGCUGAGGGCCACCAAGAGGAGGCAGCGCAACCUGCGGACCUACAACCUGCGGCACCGCUUAGAAGAGGGUCAGGCCACCAGCUGGUCGCGCCGGCUCAAAGUGUUUCUCUGCUGUACUCGGACGAAGGACUCCCAGUCGGACGCCUACUCGGAAAUCGCCUACCUCUUUGCCGAGUUUUUCCGAGACCUGGACAUCGUGCCCUCCGACAUCAUCGCUGGCCUGGUGUUGCUCCGGCAGCGGCAGCGGGCCAAGCGCAACGCCGUGCUGGACGAGGCCAACAAUGACAUCCUGGCCUUCCUGUCUGGGAUGCCGGUGACCAGAAACACCAAGUACCUCGACCUCAAGAACUCGCAAGAGAUGCUCCGCUACAAAGAGGUCUGCUACUACAUGCUCUUUGCGCUGGCUGCCUACGGGUGGCCCAUGUACCUGAUGCGGAAGCCGGCCUGUGGCCUCUGCCAGCUGGCCCGGUCCUGCUCGUGA